AUGUUUUAUAUGUUUCAUGUUUCAUAUGUUUCAUGUUUCAUGUUUCAUGCUUCAUAUUUUUCAUGUUUCAUAUGCUUCAUAUGUUUCAUGACAGACAGGCAGAGAGACAGACAGACAGAGAGCCAGAGAGACAGACAGAGAGACAGACAGACAGACAGGCAGACAGACAGACAGGCAGACAGAGAGACAGACAGACAGACAGACAGACAGGCAGACAGGCAGACAGAGAGACAGACAGGCAGACAGACAGACAGACAUGUUUGAAGUUUAUUUCACUCUAACAUGUUAUCACCGGAGCAGAAAGAUAAUAUAAUAUUAUGAACACGGAGAGAAUAUAAAACAUUCACAUGAAAUAUUCCAUCAAUUAGAAUCUUGAUAAAAACAUGAAUACUUUUAGUUUACUUUGUGCUCAAAAACUCAAAACUCAUCUUAUUCUGAAGGUCUAAGCGGAAGUCCUUUUCUUGUUUAUGUCCCGUGACGAGGAAGAAGACGCUGUGACGUCACGGCCCAACAUGGAGGACCUGUACUCUAAACCAGGUAACCAGGAGCGGGGGUGGAACGACCCCCCUCAGCUCUCCUACGGCCUUCAGAAGGCCCGCGGGCCUCCCAGGACCCCCCUGAGCAGGAGAACGGCGCCCCCUGGUGCAGGAGCCCCGCCCAUGGCCCCGCCCCCUCCACAGCCAGGUGAGGAUCAGAACAGGGUUUCCUGGGUGACGCCAGAUUUACAGCUGAUCCUCCUUUCUGCAGCUCGUCCUCCUCUUGGUGGUGUGGCCACGCCCCCUCCCCCUCUAGGACCAAUGAGAAGUCAGAGAGACGCAGAUGGCAGCCAAUCGCAUUGCGAGCCUGACGUAGAGGCCGUGCUGCUGGUGUUGGAGCGGGCCCUCGACGCAUGCAGGCGGGCUGCUACGGACCAGGUGUGUAGUGACGUGGCAAAGAGGCUCCGCCUCCUGGAGGACAGCUGGAGGUCAGGUAGACUUAGCCUACCAGUGAGGAGACGCAUGGACACUCUGUCUCGAGAGCUACAGUCUGGUCACUGGGACUCAGCUGAUGAGGUCCAUCGCUCCCUGAUGGUUGAUCAUGUGACCGAAGUCAGCCAAUGGAUGGUGGGGGUCAAACGACUCAUCGCCGAGACCCGGAAACUGAAUCCAGAACUUUUAGAACCACUUCGGAAACCUCCGGGACCAGUCCAGGACCCUACAGGACCAGUCCAGGACCCUACAGGACCAGUCCAGGACUCUGCAGUACCAGUCCAGGACCCUGCAGUACCAGUCCAGGACUCUGCAGUACCAGUCACAGCUCAGCUGAGGGUCAGAGGUCAGAGGUCAGAGGUCAGAACAGCAGGACCAGGUAGGGGGUCAGUGGUUUACGCUGGUGUCGGGACUCUAGACCAGAGGGUUUAAAAUUAGGCUCCUCUACAUCCAGUGAGGGAGAAAUAAACCCCCCAUGGACUCUAGACCCCCCAUGGACUCUAGACCCCCCAUGGGCUCUAGACCCCCCAUGGACUAUGGACCCCCCAUGGACUCUAGACCCCCCAUGGACUAUGGACCCCCCAUGGACUAUGGACCCCCCAUGG